CGGCACUCUCGAGAACACACACACACUUGUACAGGACUCCGCCUCAGAGAGAACACCACACAUUCAGCGGGUUCAUUCAUCCUUUAGAUUUUUACAGAAUUAUAGUCUCAUUCGUCUAUAUCUGCCUCGUCAGGUGCAAGUGCAAUCAUUAACGGAUACCAUCACUGAGAGGCGAUCCAAAUCAAGGGGUUCCGAAUCAAGACCACUUACCGGUGUCCAGGUGUGCCGGCGAGAGCGCCCGGCGUGGAGAGGGUAAAGAAGGAGCGUGUGGAAGGAACCCGGGAGCAGAACUGUCUGGAUAACCCCGUCGAGGAUGAAGAAGAGCAGAAGUAUGUUGGGGGUGACGCCUAGUGACGAGAGUAAGGAGUCGCUGGGUGGCCCCGCCCUCUCCGGCAGCACCCUGGGGGUGGACCUCCGCCGGGGCCGCCGCCGUCUCUCCGGCACCCUGCAGCUCCCCCCGUUGUCAUGGCGACAGGCGGAGCGGGACCGGGGUCCCCCGCCAGAGGAGGACCCGUUGGCCCGGCCGACCACCCUGCCCAUCUUGCCCCUGCCGCGCAUCGACAUCACCAGCGCCACGUCACCAGACAGCUUCGAUGUGGAAAAUGGCCGCUCGGCGGGCUGCAGUCCGUCCGACCUGCCCACGUCCCCAAGCUCGGGCCUGGUCCUCCACCCCAACCUGGCGGGCCACGGCCAGCGGCGAGAGUCCUUCCUCUACCGCUCCGACAGCGACUACGACCUCUCGCCCAAAUCCAUGUCCCGAAACUCGUCCAUCGUAGGAGAGCUGCAUGGAGAAGAUUUAAUUGUGACUCCAUUUGCCCAGGUUCUGGCGAGUCUUCGCACAGUCAGGAACAACUUCACGACCUUGACUAAUGUACAAUGUAUCUCCAACAAAAGGUCUCCAGCUGCAUCCCAGCCUCCGAUCACCAAGGUCAGCCUGUCAGACGAUUCGUACCAGAAGCUGGCCAUGGAGACCAUGGAGGAGCUGGACUGGUGUCUGGACCAGCUGGAGACCAUCCAGACCUACCGCUCAGUCAGCGACAUGGCCUCCAACAAGUUCAAGAGGAUGUUGAACCGAGAGCUGACCCACCUGUCGGAAAUGAGUCGCUCUGGCAACCAGGUGUCAGAGUUCAUCUCCAACACCUUCCUAGACAAGCAGAACGAGCUGGAGCUGCCGUGCUCCGUGCAGAAGGGCCGGGAGAGGAAGAGGAGGCAGGCGGGCCAGCAGACGGGGAUGAUGACCCAGAUCAGCGGGGUGAGGAAGGUCAGCCACGCCCCCGGUGACUCGGCGCUCAGCCGCUUCGGGGUGAAGACGGACCAGGAGGACCUGCUGUCUAAGGACCUGGAGGACAUCAACACCUGGGGUCUGAACAUCUUCAGGGUGGCCGAACAUUCCCACAACCGCCCCCUCACCUGCAUCAUGUACACCAUCUUCCAGGAGCGAGACCUGAUGAAGACGUUCAAGAUCCCAACAGACACGUUUGUGACGUUCAUGUUGACCCUGGAGGACCACUACCACUCGGACGUGGCCUACCACAACAGCCUGCACGCGGCCGACGUGGCCCAGUCCACACACAUCCUGCUGUCCACCCCUGCCCUGGAUGCCGUCUUCACCGAUUUGGAGAUCCUGGCGGCCAUCUUUGCGGCGGCCAUCCAUGACGUGGACCACCCGGGUGUCUCCAACCAGUUCCUCAUCAACACAAACUCAGAGCUGGCUCUGAUGUACAACGAUGAGUCGGUUCUGGAGAACCACCACCUCGCGGUGGGCUUCAAGCUACUCCAGGAGGACAACUGUGACAUCUUCCAGAACCUCAGCAAGAAGCAGAGGCAGUCCCUCAGGAGGAUGGUGAUCGACAUGGUUCUAGCUACAGACAUGUCUAAACACAUGAGCCUGCUGGCUGACCUCAAGACCAUGGUCGAGACCAAGAAGGUGACCAGCUCAGGAGUGCUGCUCCUGGACAACUACACCGACAGGAUUCAGGUGCUGAGGAACAUGGUUCACUGUGCGGACCUGAGCAACCCCACCAAGUCCCUGGAUCUGUACCGCCAGUGGACCGACCGCAUCAUGGACGAGUUCUUCCACCAGGGCGACCGGGAGAGGGAGCGCGGCAUGGAGAUCAGCCCCAUGUGUGACAAACACACCGCCUCGGUGGAGAAGAGCCAGGUGGGCUUCAUCGACUACAUCGUCCACCCCCUGUGGGAGACCUGGGCCGACCUGGUCCACCCCGACGCCCAGGACAUCCUGGACACCCUGGAGGACAACCGCAACUGGUACCAGAGCAUGAUCCCCCAGAGCCCCUCGCCGCCCUUCUACAGCGGCGACGCCGACGGGGAGGGGGAGGGGGACGUGGAGGGCGGGGAGCAGGGGACCAAGUUCCAGUUUGAACUGACGCUGGAGGACGAGGGGGGGCCGUGCGGACAGACGCAGACUCUCCCUGGUCCCUCCUCCCCCGACCGCGGCGGGGUGGGCGUGGCCACGCCGGGCGCGUCCCCCGCCGACACCAGCCCGCCGUCCUGACCUCUGACCUUGUACUAGCGGCCACAGCAUUGGCUGUUAGACAGCGGCUCCUUUUAAUUGCAGUGGAGGAAUCCUGCAAACCUGGCUCUCUGGAGCUGCCCGAGAGGGCCUGACUGACUCUGGGGGCCCCCCCCCUGGAGAAAAGAGGGGGAAGCCCUGUAGCGCUUUGUCUCAGAGCUCCCCUGGGAGAAUAACGGUGUUGGAAGGACGGCCAGACAUGAAGGAACCAAUGGAGAAGUGUAGAAGGCAGUGCCAAGGCUCCCUAGCCACAUGGGGCUACCUCCUUUGUUCGGACUAAUACUGUAGAACAGUAGAGAACGAUGACUAUGUCCAGUCAGACGGGAGACACGUGCACUUUCACUUUUUUGUUGUUGCUGUUGUUGGGUUUCUUCAUUUGUUUUGAAGAAGGUUUACUUGUUUUUGUAACACUUGUCUGGAGACAGUGUGUACCUUUUUUACCAACCAUGUCUUUAGUACGUAAUGUUUUUUAUAAUUUAUGGAACAAAGAUGUGAAAUGUUUGUUUUCUACACAAGAAUAUAGAUGGUGGGUCUCACAAGUCAGAAAAUUGUGCAGUCUUCCCAAUGUAGGCAAUAUUGCAGCAUAUUCUCAAAAGGAUUUUGGGAUAUCACUUUUUAAUCAUGUGACUUCCAAGCACAAUUUGCACUUUUUGACGGAUCGAAAAAGAAAGUGUAUCCAUUUUCUUUUCUUAAAUCCCAAUUUAAAGUCAAAGUUAUUCGUAUGCUCUAAUAAAAGGCACAAGUCAGUGUCAAUACCAGUGAACACAAGCUCCCUAAAACAUCAAAAGCACUCACAAAACCCAUCAAUAGUUUGUAUUGACACAAACACCCUUUUAUUUCCUAGGGGAAAGAAGUCAAAUUAACCAGUUCCAAAGAUGUUCAGAGAGAAGCACUUUAACAGACAAACUGCCUCUAAGGAGAGAUGUAGAGAGCCUUUGAUUAACUCCUGCACCCAAAAAUCAAAUCCCUUAUUAGACCCAUUAAUUGUAAACAUUAUUAGGCCAAUUCAGCUAAAAAGAUUUUCACGUUUGUUUACUUUCAUACCUAGAAGCUAAAUCCUCGCGGCCACUAUUUCCCCGCCCAGGACGUAACCACCUGCAUUAGGAAACAUGUCCUCCAUCAACACAGCCUGACGUCAUGUUGAUGUGGUUCAAGCCAGAUCUAUAUCAGCACAACUCUCCUGAUCUGGCAGAACAUUUCUAACAACGGCAAUGAACGCAAUUGAAAGUUAAGCAAAAAAACAAGUGUCAAUCCUUUUUUCUUUUUUGCUCAAUUGAAAGGUACUGCAAAGUAUGCUGCCAUUCCUUUAACCUCUUGUUUAGGGAUGUUAACAUUCCAACCCUACGUGUGUGUUGCAUCCAUACCUUGUGUUACACCUUGAACUGUUUAUUUAUUAUCAUUCCAUUGUACCUGUAAAUAGAAAUGUAUUCACAAUCCAGUUGCUAUUAUUAAUAUACCCGUUUAUACAUGUCUUUGGUGGUAUUCUAUGAGUCUAUGAAGCAAUAUCCUGUUUUAUUUCCUGAGUAAAGUGCUCAGAUCUGCACACACCGCUCUGAAGCACAAUGUGGACGACAACUGUCGACACAAACACAAGAACUUCAUUUUUUUCUUCAUGUGUUGUGUUUUGAGGAGACAAACAAUAUUUGAAAUCCACUGCAAUUUAUUAAUAUCUGUGAAUCCAAAAGAUAUGUUUGUAUUGUUCUCAAACACCCUUGUAUUGAGGUGAUGGGCGAUAGUAAUUGUGAUCCUUCGUAAUGAGUCCAAAGGCUGGAUUGUUUCCUACUAAGUACAGUGACGGGUCACCGUAGUUGGAAUAAUAAAUGUUUUUUCAAAUGGGUUCUUUAUACUUUCUCACACAAUGUAUGGUCAAAUAUUGUCUACUCCAUUCCAAUAAGAUAAUUAAAAUCAGCAUGAAUUAC